AUGAGAAGACACAGCAGAGGGAGCGGAGCUGCUGUUGUCAGCAAGUCCGUCGCGAGGGGCUCCGAUCCGAUGUCCCUCAUACGCACUUUCGAGUCAGAAACAAACCCUUCUCGGCCAGUACGCCCGUCUCCCCUGGCCUCGUCGCAAAUACAAGGUAUGCCGCUCGAUUUAGUCGACCGAAUACGUUCCUUUCCUCUAUUUCAAUCGACACCGGAAUCAUUCCUUGCCGAAGUUGAACUACACCUUCGUCCGCAACUCAACUCCAUGAACGAUUACAUUUUAACGGAAGGCGACGAGGCAAAAGCAAUGUAUUGGUUAGUACGUGGGGCAGUUGCAGUCACAUCUCGAGAUGGCGAAAGUGUGUAUGCGGAGCUGAAGCCUGGUGCCUUCUUUGGGGAAAUAGGGGUACUAAUGGACAGGCCCCGAACUGCCACAAUAAUUGCCCGCACCCGAUGUUUGCUCGUCGUGUUAACAAAGGAGGAUUUCAAAAAGAUUCUUCCCGGGUUUCCGGAAGUAGAGCAGGCGAUCAGAGAGGAAGCUGAGGAGAGGUUAUUAAUUUUGGAAAAGAAGAAAAAGGAGCCACUAAUGCAAACUGACCCUCUCGGAACCCAUAAGCGAGCAACGAAGAGAGGGCGCGAUGCAUUUUCCAGAAGUUGUAGCUUCGACGAGGAUGGCUCGAGUAGCACGAGUAAAAAACGCAAGUCUCCCAGCCCGAGUUACUCUGAGCAUUCGACUUCCAGUGCCUUAGCCAACGGACUGGUCAGCAUUCGAUUAUUGUUGAAAGAGCUACCUUUAUUCGCCGGAUUACCGUCCAAUAUUCUCCAUUUUCUUGCUCUCAAUGCCCAACCACGAACAUAUCAGCCUUUCACAGAUAUAAUACGACAGGGCUCGCAGGGAUGCGAAAUAUAUUUUAUCGUACGAGGAGAAGUGGAGGUUCUAGAUGAGCACCCCGAUGGGCGCGAAGCGCGUCGAGGAACGGAUGCUGAGGGUCAACGUGAAGUCCAGGUCAAAGCUCGACUAAAGGCUGGACAGUAUUUUGGGGAAGUCGUGAGCCUAUCACUAGCUCCCCGUAGAACUGCUACUGUUCGCACGGUCACGUCCGUUGAAUGUUUAAUGAUAAGUAGGGAGAUACUUUCGGAAUUUUGGGAUCGAUGUCCUACAGGUAUCCGGGAACAAAUCGAAAACACAGCUAGGGAACGAUUGAUCACUGCAACAGAUGAUGACGUCGAGAUGGAGGAUAUUGCUUCUAAUUCAGUACCUCCAAUGGAUGAACUUGUAAUAAACGAAAAUUUCCAUGGGUCUGUAAGAAGGCAGUCAAUGCCUCUUCUCACGCUCACCGAGACAGAACUCGACAGUCCGCACAAACCAACACGAAUAGAGGAUCGACCUAUCCUAGGACCCUCUGAUCCCGACCCUUUCCUAAUUGUCGGCUUGGAUAAUGUGCGAUCUAAGUCGCGACGUGGAUCUCUUGCUCCAAUCAUGCCUGAUGGAGCUUCCCCGUCGCAAGAUCAACGACAGCAGUCUCCAGUGAGACCUCGGUCCGGUGCAGCGUCUCCGUCAAAACUGGCAACAUUCAGCAUUCCCAGCUCUGCCCUUCCACCCGAACAGUCAACUUCCUCACGCCAUGCUGAUAAAGAAUCAGGCAAAUUCCGUCUUAACGAUAGCCUCCUCGUAGCUAUAUUCCAGCAUCUUGAACUUCACCAUCUCCUUCAUCUCAGGGUCAUCUCACGUCAUUGGGCUAAUAUUCUUACCAACUCACCUCAACUUCUUCAUUUUUUGGAUCUCAGUCGCUACAAUCGGAAGCUUACAGAUGACAUACUUUCAAAUGUCAUAUGUCCCUUUGUCGGCGAUAGACCUCGCGUUAUUGACAUGAAUAGUUGUUUUCAUAUCACCGAUGAGGGAUUUAGGGCAUUGGCAAAUACUUGCGGGGGAAAUCUCAGAUCAUUAAAGAUGAAAAGUGUAUGGGAUGUAACAGCGUCCGCCAUUUUGGAUAUUGCCAGUAAGGCGAAAUAUCUACAAGAGAUUGAUUUGAGUAACUGUCGGAAAGUCAGCGACACACUUUUAACUAGGCUUAUUGGAUGGACGGUGCCGAACCCUCCAUUCGGACAGCACUAUGUCAACGGGAAAGCCACCCAGAAUGCUAGGUGGAUGGGAAUAGGGCUCAUCCAGAAUACUACUUUGCAGACUUCCCCGGCCAGUGGAACGGUUGUUGGAUGCCCCUAUCUUAAACGAUUAGCGCUCUCAUAUUGCAAGCACGUUACAGAUAAUUCCAUGCUCCAUAUAGCAUCCCACGCAGCACCACGGCUUGAAGAGGUUGAUCUCACAAGAUGCACGACAAUAACUGACAAAGGCUUUCAGUUCUGGGGAAAUGCGCAAUUCGUUCGACUGCGUAAACUUUGCUUGGCGGACUGCACCUACCUAACCGAUAAUGCUAUCGUGUACCUAACCAACGCAGCGAAAGGACUACAGGAGCUUGACUUGUCCUUCUGCUGUGCUCUUUCAGAUACAGCCACAGAGGUGUUGGCCCUAGGCUGCCCACAACUGACGCAUCUAAACUUAUCAUUCUGUGGAUUGGCGGUUUCGGAUCUUUCCCUGCGCUCUAUCGGAUUGCAUCUUCUGCUUCUAGAAGAGCUUUCGGUCCGCGGAUGCGUUCGGGUUACCGGCAUGGGUGUUGAAUCCGUCGUCGAGGGAUGUAACUUACUUCGUGUUUUUGAUGUUAGCCAGUGCAAAAACCUUACUCCAUGGCUAGAGUAUGGCUUGCACAGGAAGUAUGGAGAUAAGAUACGGUAUGAAACAGUUUUCCAGAAUGGGAAACUAGUUCGAUGA